GUCGUGUUGAUCAUGCGCCGAGGCCACCCAUCGAUGGCGGCAGGAGGAGGCAGCCGUCUGUCGGGAUGUCGGCCGUCAUGGAACCGGACACGCAGAGGCACGUCCGCGAGCGGAGGAGAGAGCGGGAGCUGAGUGCCCUUCCGGACCUGGUCAAGCCGGGCUGGUUUCCCACACGAGCCCAGGAGGUGGUGGACACACGGACGGUGCAGGCAGUCCGGGUCUCACACAUCCUUCUUGAGGUCAGCCACGCACUGUGCACCCACACACACGCCCACGCCACCGUGUGUUGUGUUGUGUUGUGUGUAGACGGAGUCAUUGGCAGAGCUGGCGCUCGAGCGGCUACGCCAGGGCGAUGUCGACUUUGCCGAUCUUGCAGAAGUGGCCAGCAUCUGCCAGGCGACCAAGCAAGACAAGGGCCAGGUCGGCUGGGUCUCCCUGAAGGACGACUUCCUCGACCCCAUCAUGCCGCUCGAGGUCCGGGAGGCCGCCAUGGCCCUCAAGCCGGGCGACAUGACAACCGUCCGCUCCGGCAGGGGCGUGCACAUCGUCAAGGUGGAGGACGUCAUGGCACUCCUGACGCCGACGGCCUCGCAGCCGAGGUCCAAGAUGCCGGGAAGCGGGCAGUUGCUUGCGGCGUCGGGGCUGUCCCGCCUGUUUAAGAAGACUGUUGGGGCGGCUGAUGGGCUGGAAGGGGAGAGAGAGAGGGAGAGCGAGUGGCGGUACUUUGUGGACACGAUGGGGUGUCAGAUGAACAAGGCCGACUCGGAGAGGAUGGCAGGGCAGCUGGAAUCCCUUGGCGCACGGGUAAGUAUGUCGUUAACUGCAUUGAUUGAUUGCGUGUGGGUGCGUGGGGCGGGGUGGGUCAUUGUCUGUCUCCCAGGUGACUGACGAUGCAAAGGGGGCCGACAUCGUUGUGCUCAACACCUGCUCUAUACGCGACAAGGCCGAGCAGAAGGUACGUACGUCAGUGCUUGUGUUGUGUCAGUCGACUAAGUGUGUUCAUGUGUGGGUGGGUGUGUGCGUGUCAGGUUUACUCAGCCCUCGGCCCCUUCGCCGCGCGGAAGCGAUCCGGCAAAGACGUGACACUUGUGGUGGCUGGCUGUGUGGCACAGCAGGAAGGAGAGAGGCUACUCAGGAGGUCGGCAAGGCAACGCUAGGCUGCCACCAGCCACCAACACACAACACGACACUCCACACACUCACACGCGCCGUGUUGGGGUUCGUCAGAGUCCCUGAGCUGGAUCUUGUGAUGGGGCCGCAAUACGGUGAGUCGUCACCUACGAGCACACACACACACACACACACACGCACGCGGCCUUGAUUCGUUUGUCCACACUCGUGUGUGUGUGUGUGUGUGUGUGCGUCUGUUUCUCCUCACUCAGCGAAUCGUCUGGGCGAUCUGCUCGAGGACGUGGCCAACGGCAACCAGGUGGUGGCCACCGAGCCCACCUUCAUCAUGGAGGACUCCACCAAGCCGAGGAGAGAGAGGUGAGUGAGACCCCCACGCCCACACACACUGUCUGUCUGACUGACUGACUGACUGUCUGUCGUCAGCUCGGUGGCCGCCUGGGUCAAUGUCAUCUACGGCUGCAACGAACACUGCACCUACUGCGUCGUCCCCAACACACGAGGGGUCGAACAAUCGAGGCCGAUGGAGUCGGUCCGCCGCGAGAUGGAGGAGCUCGGCGCCCUUGGCUUCAAAGAGGUCACCCUCCUCGGGCAAAACAUCGACAGCUGGGGGAGGGACAUGCAUCCGAAGCGAAAGUUUUCCGACCUCCUGCACCAUGUCGCCGACACUCCAGGCGUCGAGCGGAUCCGAUUCGUGACCUCUCACCCUCGCUACAUCAGCGAGAGGGUGGUGGAUGCGGUGGCGGAGCACCCCUCCUUGAUGGAGUACUUCCACAUACCUUUCCAGGCGGGGGACAAUGAGGUGCUGCGGAACAUGAGAAGGGGGUACACGAGGGAGAGGUACCUGCAUGUGAUUGACCGGAUACGGAGAAGGAUCCCCGGUGAGCUGAGCUGAGCUGUGGGUCCUUGGGAGUGUUCGUCGGCUUGUGUAUGGGAUUUGCGCUCUCUCUCUCUCUCUGUGUGUGUGCGCGCGCGCGCGUGUGUGUGUGUGUGUGUGCAGAGGUGGCCAUCAGUGCCGAUGUGAUUGUGGGCUUCCCGGGGGAGACCGAAGAGCAGUUUGAACAAACCCUUGACCUCAUGAGACAGGUAGUACCUGACCACCCCCACACGUGUGUCUUGUUCUCUGGUACAUCCAUCCAUCCAUCAGGUCAAGUUCGACUGCCUCAUCACGGCCGCCUAUUCCCCCCGCCCCCACACGCCUGCAGCCACCUGGCCAAACCAGCUGCCCGACGACGUCAAAGAAGACAGGCUCCGGCGCAUCAACGAGCUCGCCGCACAACACGCCUACGAGCGAAACCUGAGGUACCUCGGUCGCGUCGAGGAGGUGCUAGUGGAGGAGCGGAAUGUCAAGAACCCCACACAGGUCAUGGGCCGGACGAGAGGCAAUCGGCUGGUCUUCUUUGACGGUGAUAUUGCCGAGCUGAGGGGGAGGAUGGUGCCGGUGCGGGUGACCGAGGUGCGGCCUUACAGCCUGACUGGGAGGAUUGAACGGGGCGAGGAGCCUUUCCAUUAUUGCGAGAGCGGGCUGAGGAGGCCGUCUGAGUCCAGGAGGGGGAGGGAAAGGGGGCGGGGUGGGUCGUCGUCACGAUCAUCGAGACUUGACGAGGUGCUCGCAGAGCUGACAUCGGCUUAAGAAGCGGUGUGAUGUGAUAUGUGUGUGAGAAUGGUGUCUGUCUAUGGUUUUUCUGUGUGUACGGUGCGGUGGUCUGUGAAUGGAGCGGAGACAAGAAAGACGUUGACAUUAGACUGAUUGAUGAAACAGUA